AAGCGGAACGCAGGCGGCAGAGUCCUUUGGAAUAAUCGGACAAUCGGAGAGAUAUAUCGAAUUCAUGAUAAAGUGCGCAUAAAAGGAGAUGGCAUUAUUCCGGGCAUUGCCCGCCGGAAUCGGCGCGACGUCCAAGAUUAUUUCACGGAGCGUCCCAGCCGUGUUUUAUCACGCUAAUGUAAUAGAUCACUAUGAAAAUCCUAGAAAUGUUGGUUCCUUGGAUAAGAAUGAUGAGCAAGUUGGAACAGGUCUUGUAGGAGCACCAGCUUGUGGCGAUGUGAUGAAACUUCAGAUCAAAGUCGAUGAAGAGGGGAAGAUAAUUGAUGCAAAAUUCAAGACUUUUGGUUGUGGUUCUGCUAUUGCUUCGAGUUCUUUAGCAACGGAAUGGGUUAAAGGAAAAACGGUGGACGAAGCAUUGGCAUUGAAAAAUACUGACAUUGCAAAAGAGCUUUGCCUUCCGCCUGUCAAGCUACACUGUUCGAUGCUUGCCGAGGAUGCAAUUAAGGCUGCUCUGUCAGAUUACCGCAUCAAACAACAGUCAAAGGCUAAAGAAACGAAAGUAACCAACUAAAUUGAAGUGCUUCCAUUCAUUAAUGGAAGUACUUUAAUUACGCAAUGUGAUAGCAGCAAAAAUUAGAUUUAGCUUACAGAUAUUAU